AUGGCCGCCGCAGUUUCAUGGAGCACCACGGCAGCGGAAGUGGAGCCGUAUUCUGGUCCCCCGCGGAACAUACAGGCUAUCGAUGCUGUGCAGUUCGACAGCAGUUUGACCCCGAAGGAGUAUAAAAUUGCUGGUACCAAGCCAGGUUCGAAGAUCCUGAUCACCGAUGUCAACAUUUUGGACUCUACUGGCAGAGAGCCGUACAGAGGAGACGUGUUGAUUGAAGAGGAAAGAUUCACGGCUGUCGGUCAUGUCCCGAAUAAAGAAAGCCUUCAGCAAGACUCCAAUGUCCGACUUAUCGAAGGCAAGGGUCGCACUCUGAUGUCCGGCUUGGGGGACGCUCACACACACUUUUCGUGGAAUGGAGGAGAUCUCGCAAAACUAGGGGAGCUGGGUGUAGAGGAACACACGCUAUUGACUGCACGAAGUGCAGGGAUCUAUCUGGAUUCAGGGUACACCAUGUGUUAUGGAGCUGCAUCUGCUAAAGAUCUCCUCGACGUGUCUGUUCGUGAUGCAAUCAAUGCUGGAUAUUUUCCCGGGCCUCGAUCACUUGCAAACGCUAAGGAGAUUGCGCGUCCAGAUGGUGAUCUUGUUCCUGGGAUUACUGCGUAUGCGGCUGGCCCGGAAGAAAUGCGUGAGGUUGUCCGCCGCCACGCUUCGCUGGGCGUCGACCAAGUCAAGAUUUCAAUGUCAGGGGAGGAGAUUACCGAAAUUCGUUCUGCCCAGGAUUGCUACUUCAGUGACGAAGAAACAGCUGCAGCAGUAGACGAGGCUCAUAAACAUGGACUACGAGUGUGUGCUCACGCCCGUGCUAGAGACAGCGUCAAGCAAUGUGUCAGGCAUGGCGUAGAUGUCAUCUUUCACGCCUCAUAUAUUGACGACGAGGGAAUGGACAUGCUGGAAAAGAAGAAGACAAAACACGUUGUUGCGCCGGCACUGAACUGGAUUGUAGGAACGCUGGAAGAUGCUGCUGCUUUUGGCUACCCACAAGCCAAGGCUGAAGAGGUCGGUUACCGGCGAGAGCUUGAUGUCGCCAUUCCUGGCCUCAGAGAAAUGCACAGACGGGGUAUCGUGGUUUUACCAGGAGGUGAUUAUGGUUUUGCAUGGACCCCUCAUGGCACGUACGCACGCGACCUUGCUCAUUUUGUCAAACUUCUCGGCUUUACUCCUCACGAGAGCAUCAUUUCGGCCACCGCUGGUGUUGCCAAACUGAUGAUGCGGUCGAACGAGCUUGGCAAGGUGUUGCCAGGAUAUUAUGCCGACUGCAUUCUUGUCAACGGUGAUCCGUUAUCUGAUAUUGAAAUUCUGCAAGAUCAUUCUAAGCUCAACUAUGUCAUCAUCAACGGUCGUGUACAUAAA